UUAACCUGUUUACCAAUGGGAGCUGGUAUCAUGAUGACACAUCUUAAGAGAACAUGGCUAUCACUUUUAGUGGAGUGGUGACUCUGACAGUCUGUGUCGCAUAGAAGGAGACGUGAGUAAAGGCUCAAUAUGCAUCAUGGCAGCUCAGACUGCUAAACAGAUCUAGUACAAUCUAUAGAAGUGGAUCAAAUGGAAUUUUUUUUAAGGUUGGGAUGUUCAGACUGCCAUGAAAAUGUCUAAGAUGGGUCUGAUGUGGACCAAAAAGAUCAGACUGUGUCUCGUUUGCCUGCUGUGUGAAUCUACUUCAGUAAAGAAAAUUCACAGAUUCAUCGCCAAAUUGAUAACUCAUCAGCCAAACAUUUCUUUGACAAUACUAGAACCUCUGUGCCACCACUGCAGGGCAGAUAGUAAGCUAUAACCAUAUAUUGCUGAAAACCAGCCUAAGGUCUGACUGGGAGACUUGCAUUGGCCUUUCUGAAGAGUCCUAAAUGCACAGGGACCGUCUGCAAAUUGCAGCACCAGAAAAACUUGAUAGAGAAAUAUUGAAUGGCGUUACCAAGGAGGGUCUUAUGGUCAUCACCAUCAUUUAAUGUGUGAUCUUAAGGUUUUGUACAACAUUUCCAGAGCUGAAAAAAAAAGUAUUAAAUAAAAAUAAAUGCAGGGAUUUCCACAAAGCCUAUAGGCUAAAUCGAAACUCAGAAAAAUCACUUUUGCUAGGUGAAUGAUAGAAAAAAAACCCAAAUGAACAACAGUAAGCUGCAUCAAUGAAAUUGUUUUAUAUAAAUGGUUUUAAUUUUAUUAAUGUUUUAUCAUUAAUGUAAGAAAUAUCUGUGCUAUAGCAUGUUGUAGCACCACCAAACAGCACACAUAGAGCACGUCUUGAUCAUACUCUUUAUGUACUUGAAUGUGCCUGUUUCAAUGAUUCCCUGCUAACAAGCUUUAUGGAGAUGCUGAUGUUAUUUUCUACCUGUCCAUACAGUCAAACACUAAUUAAACCCAAUAAAUACACCUAAAGCUACCUAGAGUUUCUCAACACCUCAGCAGAGCCAGAAAUUCCUGCUGCUGCUGACUGGAAGUUAACAGAGGAGAUUAACACAAGGAAAUGUCUUAUAGACCUAUUAGACUUUUUUUUGGUGUUUUUCAAAUAGUCAGUAGCUAUAAAAGCUGAAGCUGGAAACAAGCUUAACUUUAUAGCAUGUCACCUUAAAAUUUAAUGAGAGUCAUAGGAUAUUAAUCCAACAUGUAUUCAUUUUCAAUUCACUGAGAUACAAUAAACAUCUAUGAAAAACACCAUUUACUGUUACUUUUAUCAUCUACUUUAAAUGUGACCACUAGAUGGCUGCAUAGUGUUACAAUCCAAGCAUAAAAACAGUUAAACUUAAACCCAUUGGUGCGAAAAAUAUAAAAUUUUAGCAGGAAAAAGAUUAAAUAUACUGUGUAUCAUAUUAGAAAUUUUGUGUUAAAUAUUUAACUUUUUUCCUUCAGCCAUUUACUGGACUAUUUUAUCUAUAAAUGCACAUCCACUGUUUAUCUUUGUGAUUCACCAAGUGUGUUUCGACUAAACGAUAAUGAGAUUAAAAAAAAGCAACAUUAUUAUUUAAAAAGAACAAAACGUAAACGAAUAAAAAGACAACCAGGAAGUAGGAACUACUUAUUAUUGGGAAGGAGUCAAACCGCCGUUACCAUGGAAACAUAACGCUACAUUGCGGCGCGGUAAAAAGGUUCGCCUUCCUAUCCCCAGAAUCCAUCCCCUAUAUCGCAACAGGUCUGUAGCAUUGUUUAAAAUUGGUAAUACUUUCGACGAUAUUGUGUUAAAGUGAGAGAAUGGACUCGGAGUACUUAAAGCAACAUGUGGGAGUGUUUCUGGCGGAGGGAUUGGCUGAAGUGGCAGAGAGGCGACCUGCUAGGCCCAUCCAGUAUCUGGCUCACUGGCUCUACAAAAAGUCAUCUAAUGCUGAAUACCAGAAAGAGGUGAAAGAGCGUUUGGCUCUCUUGGAGGAGCAACAGGCAGAAGCUGAUGGAGGAAAAGUGCAUGAGGAGGAGCUGAAAAAGGACGAGCAGAAAACCAGUGAAGCCAUAGAAGAACCUCAUAAUAUGACUGAGAAACUCUCAGAACCUGAUGAAUCAACUGGAACCACUACAGAGCCUGCUGAUGAUGAGAAACCCGUAAACGAAGAGGAACCGAGCUGUCCUGAUCCGGAACGCACAAAACAAAAUCCUGAUGUCAAGGAAGAGGACAACGAACAAGAGAUGGCUGAGAAACUCUCAGAGCCUGAUGCAUCAACUGGAACCACUACAGAGCCUGCUGAUGAUGAGAAACCCGUAAACGAAGAGAAACCUAGCUGUCCUGAUCCGGAACGCCCAAAACAAAAUCCUGAUGUCAAGGAAGAGGACAACGAACAAGAGGAGAGAACAGAUGUGGAGCAAAACACGAGCAACCAUGAUCCAAACGAAGGGACAGAAGCUCACCUAGAUCUAGAGGAGGUGAGCGGCCAAUCUAAUUCUGGCAAACAGGAAGCAGAACAAACCGAACAACUCCAACAAACUCCAGGCCAAGGUGGCACUGAUAUGACAUCUGACAAUACAGAGAAUCUGCGCAACACAUCAAGCCCUGACUCCCAGAAUGCAGAGCAGGUUGAUGGAGAAGAGAUGGAUAAACCUGAAAACUCUGUCCAAGAGGAGGCCUCCUCCACUGUGCAGAGCAUGGAGAUUCCAACAGAGAAGACAUUUCCAACUGAAGAACAAGAAGAAACCAUGACAGCUGAUGAACAGGAGACAGAAGAAUCCAGUUCUGUUGCUUCUCAGUGAAGGGAAUACUUCGUAGAUUCUGAUUGAAGUUUAGUUCAGGCCUGUUUGCUGCCACAGGAUUUACUGCAUGUAACAGUGAAGUUAUUGCUUGUUUAUACUGAUUUUAAUGAUAAAAUAAAUCACAAAAAAAUGUAUGUAAGCGAAUUUGACCAAAGUAUUAGUUGUAGUACGAUCAAGAUGAGGCGCUAAAGCAUGUUGCUCAUUUUGUUCUCAUUAUAUUUAUAAAAAAAAGGUAAAGAGGCUGAAUAUUUGGCUAUAGGUUGUAGUCUUUUGGAAAUUCCUCACCGUUUUGAAAGUAUUAAUUUCCAAUUUGAGAAAUGUAGUAUGAAACAUAUGAGAUCAUUUAUCCAUUAAAGAAUUUAAAUAAAAAUACACCUGUCCUUUGUGACACUAUUAUUAUUUCUUCAUCAUGUUGCAAUCUGCAGACGGUUCCUGCACAUUUCAUAAGCGCUAAGCUCAGCUGAGAGGCCAACGGAAAAUGCAAUUGAUGCUCACUGUCUGCUUUGCUGUUUUUGCAGAGGGAAAUUUGUGAAUUUUUCUAACUUUACUGACAUGAGGAGUUCUAGACAGGGACCAGGCACAUGUAAAGCUGAUCCUGGCCCCAAUACUGAAUGGGUAGCACUGACAUUUACAGAAACUGUAACUGAUUAGUUCGUUUGGUCAAAGGUUUAUUACAAGUUAUCUAAAAUAAAGCAGUCAACAACCCAAUGACAAUACAAAACACUGGCCCCACCUUGGACCUUGGGCGAUAUCAAGAAAAUUUUAUAUCAAAAUAUCUUUGGGAUAUAGCACCAUAUACGAGAUAUCACAAUAUGAUCAAAUAACCUUGAAAUACAAACGUUUUUAGCCACAUAGUGCCUAAAGUUGCAUUGCUAUA